AUCCCUCUUGGGAAGGCAUUUGUACGCGGCACGAUUUUCUGAAAGAACCAGAGCAAGUGGGAGAGGAAGCGAAAGAGUUCGGAGACAUGGGGAAGAGAAAAUCCAGAGCUAAGCCACCUCCAAAGAAGAGAAUGGAUAAGCUUGACACAGUAUUUAGCUGCCCUUUCUGCAACCAUGGAACCAGCGUUGAGUGCCGCAUUGACAGGAAAGAUAUGAUUGGUGAAGCAUCAUGCAGGAUUUGCCAGGAGAGUUACAGCACUUCUAUCACUGCAUUGUCGGAGCCAAUAGACAUUUAUAGCGAGUGGAUCGACGAGUGUGAGAGGGUUAACAAUCUUGCAGAAGAUGCUGCUUAAACUUGGCGUGUUACAUUUGGAUAGGGAAGGUCCAUGGGGAAUUUCUGUCUAUGCGGAUGUUGAUGUUGUAAUAGGCUUUGAGCUCCUUUAACUUCUAUAUAUGUAUAGUUUUUUUUUUUUUUUUUUCAAUUUCUUAGUACUUAAAAGGUCGUCUACUGUAGAUAUUUGUUGCUGUAUGCUGUUUGGUUGCAGUGAACUUAACGUGCUGCUACGGAAAUAGCAUGCGUAAUAGCAUCAUCGUAGUGAAAAGAAAAGGCGGUCUUGCCUUCUGUUUUUA